AUGAAGCUGGCACUGCUGUGCCUGUGCAUUGUGCAGCUGGCCUUCGGAAGUCGUCGAAUCAACGAUCGUGAAGCCGCUGCCCGCGGGGAUGUGCCGCUGAGGAAGGCCUCUCACGGCACAGGGUCUACGAAUGAAAUCAGGGUGAGGCCACUGUUUGCCAGGAGAGGACAUUAUGAACGACAGAGGAUUCUUGUGCCAAAGCCCAGAGGCGCUCCUGCUGCUCAAAAUGAGAUUUGUCCUCCUGCUAAAGUGAGGCCAAAUCCUGUGAAGAUCAAAUGCUCCCAGCUCGCUCAAAGCUGUUUGCCUCAGUCCGGUUGCUGUGACCCGUGUGCAACAUGCCACUGCCGCUUCUUCAAUGUCAUCUGCUUCUGUCGCAAGACAAAAUCGCAAUCUGAGAAAAACAGACAAAAGGAAACACCCCAUCACAUCAAAUCAGAGACGAAAAGUCCAACACAGGCUACAGGCCAUUGA